AUGGCAAAUCCUCAUACAUUGCACAGUGCUUUGCAGUACCCUUAUAAUAACCUUUUGCAUCAUCAUGUUGAGAACAUUAUUGUUUCUUGCCUUGAGGUUAAAAGAAAUCAAUUGACUGACCAUAUCCUUAAUGACUGCGGCCUUGUCGGUAAAGUCCUUGCCGCUGAAAAAGGUCCAUCUCUGCCAGUGGAGUCUAAUGUGCCAACGUUACCGUCAGAAGAGAAAGAACCUCCAAGAAUUUUGUGUACAGAAGAGGAUAGUGCAUCCCAUGAACCUGAAACCUCUGAGCGGCUUGUGGAUGCUCAAGAGGGCCAGACUGGAGGUGCGGCUGAAGCGUCAAGCACAAAGGGAGCAGCGAAUGAACCUUGCAGCUCUUUAAAAAUGUGUGCUACCUUGUGCUAA